GCUCUCUCAAGCGAUUUUUUUCUCGAGGCUGCACUAACAUCGUUGCACCACCUACAAUCGCGUCGCUCGACCCUUUCGCCUUUUCCCUCCAGCACGGUCAAGUCAAGGAUGCAUCCCUCACGAUGAUGGAGCUUACAGCCCCAAUUGUUCUCGCGAAGCUCCCUCGCACCACAAAGCCGGACGCUACAACUGAAUUCGGCAGUGUCUACUCCGUGCGUGAUGAUGGCGUGAAGAAGCGCAGGAAGGAGAUUUGCAUAGCGAUCGACGGCGACUCGCUCAGCAUAUACGAGGUACAAGAUGGAAAAGUGCUCGUGUCUUAUCCUAUUCCGCCGUCCUCAUCUUUCUCCGGCCCGCCAUGCUCAAUCCGUUCGAGCGCCGAUGGUCAAGCCUACCGUACCACCUACUGUACAAUAAAACGCGGCGACCUACAAAUACAGUCGUUCCAGACAUACGAAGGUCAGCCACAAAGUACGAAGACAAGGACCAGCUCAAAAUUGCGCGACCAACAAAGUCCCGCUGUCUACCUCGAGUUUGUCCCUAAGUCAACCGGGGGCCAGGUGUUGUUGGUCCAGCAGAAUGGAACACUCAACGUAUUCUCAGACGACCUCACGACUGCCCUGCUUGACCAAUCUCUGCAACCGUCUGGUCAUGGAGCGAUCCAUGUCCUAGCCGUUCAUCAUCUUACCUCCCAUGAGGCGCAGAAGACAAUUUUGAGAAACAGACCCGAUCUACGUGCGGAGCCUUCGCCUGAGACAUCUUAUCUUGCGGUUGCCUAUGAGAGAAAGGAUGACAAAAAGGUCAUCUAUGCGGUCUUCUCCAUUGGCACUGCGAGCUCAAAUGUCGCCCUGCCGGAACUGUCAAUCCGGCCCUUGUUUGAGCAUCAGCUUGGCUUGGGGACUCAGGAACCUUCGUCGGCUGGAUCUAAGGAGAUGAGCUGUUCGUUCAGCCCGUCAGCUUCUCACCUUUACGUACGUAAUGGCGCUUCCUUUUUCAGCUACGACGUAUCGAGGCUCGUUCCUGUUGAGGUUGCCUCCCUACACACCGGAGUUACAGGCAGCCAUGAGAUCAUGGCUAUUUCGCCUGCUUUUGCGAUUUGCUCAUUCCAAGAUGCGCUUCGUCUGUAUGACGUGAAGUAUCAAUCGGUUCAGGCAUAUAUCGACAUGAGGAAGACCAAUUUGAAAAGGAAACGGAUAAGAAUGACGUCCGAAUUCCAGAGUGGUCCAAUUGAUUUCGUCACAUAUUUUGCCAACUCAGCGCGUGUUAUUGGAAGACGGCGGCAUCAGCUACUUGCGAUCGAUGUCAAUCUAGCCGGUUCGUCGAAGAGGAUGCUCAACCUUGGGAGCAAACUCCUUCAUAAUAUUGGCCGGGGUAUCAGUGAUCCUGAGUUGACAUCCCAAUCAAGCAACAAUCUGGCCAUAUCAACGAUUGGUACGGCAGCAACACUAGCCGCACCCAGCGCGGAAUGGCAAAAUCUUCGAAAGCGACUAGAUCAGCUGGCGCAAGCUGGUGAUGUGGCUGGAUUUGAAGAUGCUUUCGUUGACACUGUUCGCCAGGAUUCAUUCUCCGCUACUAUCUCUCCGAAGAUGAUAGACGGACUGCCUGCGACUCGUCUGGCUGUUCCAGAUUACAAGAUCAACUAUCUUAUUUCGAAGCUGUUCCAUGUUGACACAGGCGCUUCCGGGCCCAAAGAUGACUUGGCUGGUGCGACAAAGGCUUUACGCAUCCAAUUGCCAUCCUUUCGGUUGGUAGCAUGGUUGUCCCAUGUGGGAUUGCUUUCGACUCGCAGUGUGGAGAGAGCUCUUGCAGCUGACCUUGGUGGUGCUGACACCUUGGCCGCCGGUUCAGUUACACACGCGUUGCUGGCAGCGGAUCCUGAGAAAGGCCUUCUUAUGGAGUGCCUCGGGAAUGGCUUCAGUCCAUACGUAGAGGAGCAAGCAGCCAUCGUCCAGAUCCUUAUUGAACAAGCAUUAGCCUUGUUCUCUGAGGCUGGCACUUCUCACAUAGACAAGAGCACCGGUGAAGAGGAGGCUGUCGAACGGUCCAACCUGACAUCAGAGCUCGAUGUGCAGAAACUGUCUACGUCAACAUCCGAUGGCACAUGGUUGCCAUCCCAAGUGCAGCGGGCUCUAAUUCUUGCCCUGGACAGAUUUGGAAGUGCCGCAAAUUCCAGAAUUUCGAAGUGUCUACGGGACAUGUUUACUCAGACCGAAGUCCUGGCGUUGGUGCAAUUUUUGCGUCAACAACUCUUCCAAGGAGGUCACACUCGAUCUUAUCAGAGCCAGUCUACCACGGAACCGGAGGUGAAGGAGUCGCUGCCAACAGUGCGACUUGACGCUAUCGUAAGGAUAUUGUCCAGCUGCAUCGACGCUAUAGGGCCACUUGGUUUUUAUGGAGGCAUGGAUCAUGAAGAUUUCGUCGGUAAUAUUGUACCUGACUUGGUCACCGAAAUCACCCACGCACAACAGAGUCUGGAAGAUGUGACCGAGCUCCAAGGCAUACUCCGCGAGGUUCUCAGGUACCAGGAGUCACUCCAAAAACACCGAGAUGCUGGUGCCCGGAUGCUCCAGAGCGGACCUCGGGCUGGCUCUGAGCAGGAGGCGGGAACGAUCGUGACGUUGUAUUCAGAGGCGGCGGAAGGCCCAGACGGCCUUCGUACCUUGGAUGGACUGCCUUUGAGCCUGCGAGUCGAGAAUGUGGUCAAUCCCACCAAGGUCAGAAAAGGCGGCGGGCAGACCUCAAAACGGAGCGUGCGAGAGAUGAACAUGUUAGAGCGGAGGCAAAAGGGGCAGUAUUCAUUUGAGCGGCUAGUUUUGUAAUUAGAGACAAUCUUGACUGUACUCAAUUCUGAGCCCUCUAUACCCG